AUGAUCUUUUCCGCCCGCCAGCUUCAGGAGAAGUGUCAAGAGAUGCAGACCCACCUGUACUCUACUUUCCUGGAUCUGACGAAAACCUACGACACGACGAAUCGCGAAGGCCUUUGGAAAAUCAUGCAGAUAUUCGGCUGUCCCAAACGAUUCACUCAGAUGGUACGACAGCUCCACGAUGGCAUGAUGGCACGCGUCACGGACAACGGAGCUGUCUCAGAAGCAUUCGCAGUGACCAACGGAUUGAAGCAAGGCCGCGUUCUAGAGCCCACCCUCUUCAGUUUCAUGUUCACUGUCAUGCUGAUGGACGCCUACCGUGACGAACGUCCCCGGAUCCGUAUGGUUUACAGGACGGACGGCCACCUCCUCAACCACAGGCGCAUGCACUUCCAGUCGCGUGUAUCCACAACCACCGUCCACGGACUUCUCUUCGUCGGCGACUGCGCCCUCAGCACCACCUCGGAAGGGGACAUGCAAAGGAGCAUGGAUCUCUCCUCCUUCGACUGCGAGAACUUCGAUCUGAUCAUUAUCACGCAGAAGACGCUGGUCAUGCACCAACCGCCACCCAACACAGCCCACAGUGCGCCGCAAUUCACCGUGAACGGAACCCAACUGCAAGUGGUGGAAAACUUAACGUAUCUGGGCAGUACCCUCUCCCGCAGCACAAAAAUCGACGACGGAGUGGCCCGCCGGCUUCCCAAGGCCAGUCAAGCAUUCAGUCGUCUUCAAGACACAGUUUGGAAUCGUCACGGUCUUCAACUACGCGCGAAACUGAAGAUGUAUAAGGCCGUAAUCCUCCCGACGUUGCUGUAUGGAGCAGAGACUGGACGCUGCACAUAA